AUGAGAACGGCUAUGCUGUUUGUGAAGACCGUAGUAUCAGACAUUUCCCUGGAUCAAGUUGCAGUGCAACCGGACCGGGCGAUUGGCCAAAGGCUCACGGCUGCAGCGGUCUUCAGCAAACAGAAUACCGCAGAUGUGACGAGUAUAGCCUCGUCUCACCUGGCAUUCACAGUACAUGCCGGAGAACAGUGCAAUGAUGCAAUCACGGAAUUGUUCUUGGUCUGGAUCUUUUCGUCCUCUUUAAUCAUUGGUUAUAAUUCUCUCAAUGAUGCUACAAGAGAUGAGGAUGGCCGUGGAUGUGAUUCCUAUGAGCUUACACUCUCGUUCUAUGGCAGUGCUGUUCGUGGUCCCAAGACUGCUCAAUUCGCAAGAUCUGCUGAUCAGAGGAUGUCAUUUCGGAAUUUGCGGCAGCCAUCAAGUUUGGUGUGA